UCCUUAUUUCCAACUCAACUGAGGCAGCUACUGGAAACCAUUUCGCAAUUGUGGAGAGUACACUCCCAUUGAAGGGAGAAAAAUGUCAUGAGAAAGUGAGAGAACAAUUGAGAAACUAAGAAGAACCAUUUGUAUACGCCUAGUAAAAACACGGUAGUUUUUGCGCUAAUAAUGUUGGGUCCAGCUUCCUGAGGCACCAGGACAUUGUGUUGGGGCUGCUCUAUGGAACCCGUCCUACUAUUCUAUGGGGAAGAAAGAAAUGUACAACUGUCUGUUUCUCUCAUGGACCUGUCUAUGUUUUCUCCCGGGUUAUGAUUCAGAGGAAUGUGUGACUUCUGUCUUGGCAAAGAGAGGUUCUGUUGACGUACCAAAGGGGGGCACUCUUUCCCUAUCCUGUGUUGUUCAGCAUUGUGGAGAUGAUGGCUGGACAGGGGGAUGGGGGCUGUCAACAGAGGGACAGUUCCUUCUCUUUAGUCUCACUCCAAGGCAUCAUCUCUCCAAAGUCACAUUGACAACCAAUAGUACCCGUCUGAUCAUGGACAUCCUCAACGUCAACCAAUCAGAUCAUGGAAUGUACCAAUGCCAGAUCACCUGGGUUGAAGGAUCCACCAGUGUUGGACAUAUGAUAUAUGUGAACAUCACUGCAGCCAUACCACCCACACCCAUGAGGAAGGUCUAUUCCAGGGUGGCGGUGUAUGUAAGUACCUGUUUGGUAAUCACCCUGGUUUUGGGUCUGGCUUACCAUAUAAGGUCAAAGGUCCCAUCUCAGCCCCCACCAAUACCACCGCCCAAGCCCCCACCACGCUCCCAAAGUGCACGCAAGGACAAGCCCCCCACACCCAAGCCUAAACCAAAGAUAGAGUUGGUCUAUGCAGCUCUUUCAAAGGACUGCCUUGAACAGCAGAAUCCUAAUCCUCAACGAAAAGCCGCACAGCUCACAGUCUACUCCUCUCCCCGCUUCUCCUGACUCACUGUUUAGUGUGGGAUGGACAAUGUAUGGCCAGUCAGACUUUUAUAUUGUAGAGACCUCAACCCAACUCCUAUCCACUGGGCACACACUAGUUGAAUCAACGUUGUUUCCACGAAAGUACGUUGAACCAACGUGGAAUAAAUGUUGCAUUGACAUCUGUGCCCAGUAGGCAGUGACCUCGUCAAAUGGUUCGGAUCUCUUGUCGUAAAGGCUAAUGCAUUGAGUUGAUAGUCGCUGGACCGAGGUUCGAGUCCUGGCCGAUGCUAUCCCCUGAAUUCACGUCAAUAUUCACCUCCGCAUGUAACAGACUUGUGUUGAUCGAGUGGUCCCAUUUCAGAGAUCUGGAAUGAAUGACUUCAGAUGCUUUCUGAUUUUGUGUGUGUCAUGCAGUAACUUCCAUCCUCGCGCUCAGCUAGAUCGCGGUGCCAUGUGAAAAUCAUCUGUAAAUAUAAUCUGUGUUCAGUGUUCUAAAUUGUGUUUUAUGCAACUGUCUUUUAUUUGAUAACACUGUCAUUAUUAUUUGUGGGAAUUACUUUCUCUGCCGUGUGUUUGAAUCAACAGACUAGAACUGAUGUUCCAUACCAAAACAUUGCCACUGCUAAGAAAAGUUGAGCAAAUUCUAUUAAAUGUUUCCCCCCUCAAAACAAUGUUCCAUGUAAAGCAGACCCAGGUUCAGACACCAUUUGACAUAUUUUAAAUGCUUUGAGUGUUUGCUCUAGUCUUCCUGGGGGACCUGAGGGGCGAGUUUGGCCAUUUUUGGACUAUUCUAUUGGUCCAUUACGCCAGGCAAGCUCAAUCAAGCACAUAUACAUUAUUUAAGAUGAUUUCAAAUAGUAUUUGAACCCAUGUCUAAAGCAUGCUCUCUCCCUUUUAUAAUAAACAGACAAAAACGAUCA